AUGGAAAACAAUGACACAUGUCGCAAGCUGUUUCAGGAAGCCGUUCGCGCGCUGAGUUGGUGUCGACGGUCGAUCGUUGAGCCUAGGACCGAGCCGAGCAGCCGCAGCAUUCAGUCAGACCUGUCUCGAAUUCCUGCCGGCCGGCUCUCAGUCGUUAUGGCUCAUAUUCACUGUGCUUCCCGGUGGACACUGUUCUGGCUCCUGUACUGCCUCGUCAUGCAGAUGAGGACCGUUUCGUCAUCCGGCGUCCUCGAGUUUCAACUGGUGUCUUUCGAGAACGUGCGUGGCGUUGACGUUCGUGGCCGCUGCUGUCUACAGCCGUCGCCCGACCGUCAGCAGAGCGAGAACUUCUCUAGGCGGUGUGCCAAGUCCUGUCGUCUUCUGUUGCGUGUCUGUCUCAAGGAGUAUCAGAGCGAGGUCAAAGCGGAACCGCCAUGCACUUACGGCAGCCGGAUGGUCAAUGUUCAACAAUUCGGUAACCGCAUCGACUUCCCAACGCUCAAGUCCGGUACCCUGUCGGUGAUCGUCGAGGCAUGGCACAACGUGUCCGGCCCAACGAACAGCAGCCAAUUCGAGGCGGCCAGCGACGGCGUGUCGUCGUCGUCCUCGUCACCAACGACUACAACAGAACGCAACGUGGAUAAGCAACUGAUGUUCCAGUAUGCUCAAGGACAGGUGCUGCCUGCAGGAACGACGUGGAAGGAGGAACGACAGGAAGACGAACACGGCGCGAUUCAGUUCAAGAUACGCGUCCGGUGCGACCCUCACUACUACGGACCGAAGUGCGAGGUUUACUGUCGGCCGAGGGACGUGAAAGACAACCAGGCUCCGCACUACAGGUGCAGCGAAACGGGUGCAAAGAUCUGUGUCGAAGGUUGGACCGGACCUGAUUGCAAACAAGCCAUUUGCAAAGCUGGUUGUCAUCCAGUUUACGGGUCCUGUCAGCAGCCGGGCGAGUGCAUUUGCCAGCUGGGUUACAUCGGUGAAAAUUGUGACACUUGUCAGCGGUACCCCAGCUGCCAGCACGGCACCUGCGAAAAGCCGUUCGACUGCACGUGCAACGAGGGCUGGGGCGGCAAGUUCUGCAAUCAAGACCUCAACUACUGCACCCACCACAAGCCGUGCGUGAACGGGGGCACGUGCACGAACACCGGCGCGGGCUCUUACACGUGCACCUGCUCGCCGGAUUUCACCGGCACCAACUGCGAGACGAAGAUCGACGGUCGCCACUGCCAGAUCAGCGCCAGGACCUGCGCUGAGGACCCUUGUCAGAACGGGGCCACUUGCACGGAGGUGCCGCACAGGGGCUACCUGUGCAUCUGCAAUCCCGGAUGGGAGGGCUCGAAUUGCGACAUCGAGCGCGACGAGUGCCAGUCCAGUCCGUGUCUGCAUGGCGGAAGCUGUGUGACGAUAUUUGGCGGAUUUCAAUGUGUAUGCCCUGUCGGAUAUGCUGGGUUUCGUUGCGAGAAGAACGUCGACGACUGUUCUGAACACUCUUGCCUGAAUGGUGGUACAUGCGAAGACGAGGUGAACAGUUUCCGUUGCCACUGUCUGCCCGGCUACAUGGGUACGUUGUGUCAGAUCAACGUGAACGACUGCCUGACACUGCCGUGUGCCAACGGCGGGACGUGCUUCGAUAUGGUCAACGAUUUCCGGUGCAUGUGUCGGCCGGGAUUCAAGGGCAAGGACUGCUCGAUCGACAUCAACGAAUGCGAGUCCAGCCCGUGUCGCAACGGUGGCUCAUGUGAAGACCUGAUGGAUGAUUACCUGUGCCAUUGUCCGCCUUGCUACACCGGCAAGCAGUGCACGAUUCGUACAGACGACUGCCUGUGGGAAGCGACCUUCCGGCCGUACGUCUUCACCUACAACGUGACCAUGUCGCCGUUGCACGACGGCGUUGUCGGCGGCAAGAGCUCGAAGCAGGAGGGCGACCGGGUGCUGCUCUCUUCCUCUGACAUUCCGCUGUUGGUUGGCAUGCCGUUGGUCGGCGUGUUCCUGUUGUUCGUGCUGAUUCUGCUAUUGGUCCUGUUUUACCUUUACCGUAGGACGAGGAGCCAUGUGGCCGCGCAGCAGCGCAUGUACGUCAACGACGUGGACGUGUACAAACGGGAGAAUGAGUGGAACGAGCGUCGAUGCCACGAGUUCAUGCCUAACUUUGACUGCGGGGCCGAAGGUCGACUCGGUUCAAUGAAGAAGAAUAGCGCGAGACGCUGCGCCACGAUUAAGGCGAAGAAUCUGACCGAGUCCCACCCUGACCUGUACAAGCUGGUGGCCGUGUCGAAGGUGAAUUACGACGACGUCAAGUCAAAGAACAAGUUGUUCUCCGCAGACGACGGCCGGCGACAGUUUGUGUACGACUUGGGACCAACAGCGAGUAGGCCUUCGACGAACUGUGGUGACGUCAUUUCUGUUGACUCUGACCUGAACAGUCCGAACGACGACGACGUGUUCAAGGUACGGCUAAGCGACUGCGUGUCCGUGUCCGAGUCCGAGUCCGAAGAGGAGGGUUCGGUUGUGGAUUCAGGUCUGAUCAGCCCGGUGCCUGAGCCUGAGCACGGGAACAGUACCCUGACGGUCGGUGAUGUGCACAACGGCGGCGACGGCGUGAGGACGUUGGCAGCAGCGCCUGAACCCGAACCGGCCCGUCACCGGUACGACACCGACCACGACGCUACCGUCGGCCUACCUUGCAGGACCGGCUGUCCGAGAAGGACUUGCGGCGGUGACCAGCAAGAUACCGGUUGUCUGCUCGACCAGCUGUUGUCGCUACCGAGGACCGAAAUCAACGCCGAAGCGAUGGAUUGGAAGCCGACGACUUUGUUCCUCAUUCCCGCGUCCGUACUCACACUCACCUCACCGCCACCAUUGACGGACGGACGGACGGACGAACGAACAAUGCGUCAGCCCGUCGCACCGAAUCGACCGAUCACAGCUGCCGAAAAGCAGACGUCUCUGUAG